GCCUGUCCCUGCCUUAAGAGCCUGCUGGACCCCGGGAGUCUGGGCUGGGGCCUGGACACUGCUUCCUCCUUGACCCCUCAGGCCCUUGGAAGCCGAGAGAGAACCUCUUACAGAUCCCAGGCUCAUCCCCAGUGCAGCAGACACCAGGAAGGUGGCCAGAGCCUCACUGAGCCCACCCAACGGCUGCCCACCCACCCAGGCUGGAGUCAUGGAUAAAUUCCGCAUGUUCUUCCAGCACUUCCAGUCAAGCUCAGAGUCAGUGAUGAAUGGCAUCUGCCUGCUGCUGGCUGUGGUCACCGUCAAGCUGUACUCCUCCUUUGACUUCAACUGUCCCUGCCUGGCGCACUACAAUGCACUCUACGGCCUGGGUCUGCUGCUCGCGCCCCCGCUCACCCUGUUCCUCUGCGGCCUCCUCGCCAACCGGCAGUCUGUGGUGAUGGUCGAGGAGUGGCGCCGGCCCGCAGGGCACCGGAGGAAGGACCCAGGCAUCAUCAGGUACAUGUGCUCCUCUGUGCUGCAGAGGGCGCUGGCUGCCCCCCUGGUCUGGAUCCUGCUGGCCCUCCUUGAUGGGAAGUGCUUCGUGUGUGCCUUCAGCAACUCUGUGGACCCUGAGAAGUUUCUGGACUUUGCCAACAUGACCCCCAGCCAGGUACAGCUCUUCCUGGCCAAGGUUCCCUGCAAGGAGGAUGAGCUGGUCAGGAAUAGCCCUGCUCGAAAGGCAGUGUCUCGCUACCUGCGGUGCCUGUCACAGGCCAUCGGCUGGAGUGUCACCCUGCUGCUGAUCAUCGCGGCCUUUCUGGCCCGCUGCCUGAGGCCCUGCUUCGACCAGACAGUCUUCCUGCAGCGUAGAUACUGGAGCAACUACGUGGACCUGGAGCAGAAGCUCUUCGACGAGACCUGCUGUGAGCAUGCGCGGGACUUCGCGCACCGCGGCGUGCUGCACUUCUUCGCCAGCAUGCAGAGUGAGCUGCAGGCACGGGGGCUGCGCUGGGACAAUGCAGGCAGGAGCCCCGAGCCCCCCGCAGUGCCUGAGCCCCCAGAAGUCCUGGACAGUGGAAGCGGGAAGGCCCACCUGCGCGCAAUCUCCAGCCGGGAGCAGGUGGACCGCCUCCUGAGCACCUGGUACUCCAGCAAGCCGCCGCUGGACCUGGCUGCAUCCCCCGGACUCUGUGGGGGUGGCCUUAGCCACCGCGCCCCUACCUUCGCACUGGGCACGAGGCUGUCCCAACACACCGACGUGUAGGGUCCUGGCCAGGCUUGAAGCGGGAGUGUUCGUAGGUGAAAUGCCGCUCUGACAAAGGUCUGGAGUCUUUCCAGGCCAUGGGGACCCCACAGCAGGCACCCUAACUCUAGUUAGCCUCGUUUUUCAAGUAGCCCAAUCUCUGCCUAGUUUCUGGGUGUGGCCUCCAGUGUGCCUCACAAACUUUAAUGUGGACUCGGUUCACCGAGGGCCUUGUUAAAUACAGGUGCAGACUCAGUGUAGCCAGGACCGAGUCUGAGAUUCUGCAUUUUGAACAAGCUCCCUGGUAAUACUGAUGUACUUUUGGUCAGUGAACCAAACUUUGAGUAGCAAAAAUCUAAAUAGAUCUGCCAUGGGUUCUGGGUUCUAGAAGUCAAUUCUAAAUAAUAAUAAUUACCUUA